GUUGCACAAGGAGGGGAGGGUGGACUAGGGAAUGUUUCUAUCGGCAAGGGCAUUCGAAUGUCCAAAGAAAACAGGCUACAGGAGAUAGCCCGUUUGAGUGGUGGACAGCAAGGAACAGAGAGCUUUCUUGUGUUGGAACUGAAGAGCAUCGCUGAUGUUGGCCUUGUUGGUCUGCCUAAUGCCGGGAAGAGUACAUUGCUGAGUGCUCUCUCUAGGGCUCAGCCGGAGAUAGCUGACUAUGCAUUCACCACAUUGAGGCCCAAUAUUGGUAGCUUAACCUACGAGGACUACUUCUCAGUGAAAGUGGCUGAUAUACCGGGUCUUAUCAAAGGUGCUCGUGAGAACCGUGGGCUUGGCCAUGCCUUCUUGAGGCACAUAGAGCGCACCAAAGUUCUGACCUAUGUGCUCGACUUGGCAGCCACUCUCAACGGUAGGAAGGGUACCCCGCCAUGGGAGCAGCUGCACGAUCUCGUCGUGGAACUGGAGCAUUACCAGGAAGGAUUGACAAAGCGCCCGUCGUUGAUGGUAGCAAACAACAUAGAUGAAGAGGGAGCUGAUGCGAUGUACGAAGAACUGAAGAGGAGAGUGCAGGUUGUUCCAAUAUUUCCGGUGUGUGCUAUCCUGAGAGACCUUAUGGACGCGUCGGAUCCACAAGGUGUUGAUAUGAGCAAAGUGAUGGUAGACUAA